AUGUAUUUCCCUAUUGUUCUACAGCCAAAGAGGAGCCCGUCCAAAGUGAGUAUGGAGCAGCUGGGUCUAGUCACCAGCAACCUGAAUCCCAAACCUAGGGAAUGCCUCAGAGUUUGGGGCCAGGUGACCUCCAAAGCCAAAAGCUUUGUGCUGAGCCUUGGUAAAGACAGCAACAACCCUUGCUUACACAAUGCCAUUGUGGGCAACAGCAAGCGUAGCAGAGCCCGGAGGACUGAGGAAUCUGGCUUUUCCUUCCGGCCGGGGAGUGUCAUGAAUGGAUGCAUCACUUUCAACCAUUAUGACCUGACCAUCAAGCUGCCAGAUGGCCUCAAGUUCCCCAACUACCUCAACAUGGAGGCCAUCAACCACAUGGAAGCAGACAGCCACUUGAGGAUGGAGUGUGUUGCCUAUGAGUGAAGUCAGCCAGCUAGCCCACAGCCCCCAAGA